ACUAAAGAACGAAAGCAAAAUUGCUGCGACCAACUUUUCCCCCUCCUAUUCAUCUUUACUUUAUUUAAAUCACCCUCCAAAUAUUAAAUGCUACUGCUUUCUUGAUGACUUUGUGUUAUAGUGAGAUGGGGAAUUGUCUGUUCGUCGGAGGGAUGGGAGACGGCCACCAAUCAGUAAUUAGAGUUGCGACAUCAAACGGCGUAAUGGAAUUUCAUGCACCAGUCACCGUUGAAUCCAUCAUCGAUGAGUUCCCUGGCCACGAAAUAUUCCGGAGCCAUGAUCUCUUCUGGACGCCACUUCCCCACAGCCAAGAACUCCUCGUUGGCGAGUCGUAUCGUUUGCUUCCUCUGAUGGACCUUACCAACGGAGGAUUAACGCCGGCCCGUAUGGGAUGCGUGAGGUCGAACAGCACGCCGCAGAGAAUGGCUGCUCCGCAGUAUAGGAUGUCGUUCGACAGCCGGGGAUUGGAGAAGAGGUUGCCGGAGGAUCAGGAGGGUCAAGUGCGGCGCGGGUUUUGGAAAGUGAAGGUGGUUAUAAGGCCGGAGCAGCUGCUGGAGAUUUUGUCGGAGGAGGGGAAGACGGAGGAGCUGAUUGAGAGUGUCAGAACGGUGGCGAAAUGCGGGACUGUGUUCGCCGGAGGAUUUUCCGAUCAGUGGAGUCUUUCCAGCAGCAAAAAUACAGCAUCUUCCAACAAGGAUAGCUUGCUAAGUUUUAAUUAGUGCAAACUGCAAACAACAGUUAUUGUAGUUUUUCUUUGUGGAUUGAAUUUUCUAUGUCAUUUUCAUUUUGUAUUUUUUAUAUUAUUUA